AUGGGGGCCCAAGGGAGACACCAGCAGGAGUCCCAGGUGGGGGCCCAGGGAAGGCAGCAGCCUGAUUCCCAGGUGGGGGCCCGGGGAGGACGGCAGCCGGAGCGCCAGACGAGGGUCCGGGGAAGGCGGCAGCCGGAGCGCCAGACGAGGGCCCGGGGAAGGCGGCAGCAGGAGCGCCAGACGAGGGCCCGGGGAAGGCGGCAGCAGGAGCGCCAGACGAGGGCCCGGGCAAGGCGGCAGCAGGAGCGCCAGACGAGGGCCCGGGCAAGGCGGCAGCAGGAGCGCCAGACGAGGGCCCGGGGAAGGCGGCAGCAGGAGCGCCAGACGAGGGCCCGGGGAAGGCGGCAGCAGGAGCGCCAGACGAGGGCCCGGGGAAGGCGGCAGCAGGAGCGCCAGACGAGGGCCCGGGGAAGGCGGCAGCAGGAGCGCCAGACGAGGGCCCGGGGAAGGCGGCAGCAGGAGCGCCAGAUGAGAGCCCAGGGAAGGCGGCAGCCUGAUACCCAGAUGAGGGCCCGGGGAAGGCGGCAGCAGGAGCGCCAGAUGAGGGCCCGGGGAAGGCGGCAGCCUGAUACCCAGAUGAGGGCCCGGGAAAGGCGGCAGCCUGAUACCAAGAUGAGGGCCCGGGGAAAGCGGCAGCCUUAUACCCAGAUGAGGGCCCGGGGAAGGCGGCAGCCUUAUACCCAGAUGAGGGCGCGGGGAAGGCGGCAGCCUGAUACCCAGAUGAGGGCCCGGGGAAGGCGGCAGCAGGAGCGCCAGACGAGGUCCCGGGGAAGGCGGCAGCAGGAGCGCCAGACGAGGGCCCGGGGAAGGCGGCAGCAGGAGCGCCAGACGAGGGCCCGGGGAAGGCGGCAGCAGGAGCGCCAGACGAGGGCCCGGGCAAGGCGGCAGCAGGAGCGCCAGACGAGGGCCCGGGCAAGGCGGCAGCAGGAGCGCCAGACGAGGGCCCGGGCAAGGCGGCAGCAGGAGCUCCAGACGAGGGCCCGGGCAAGGCGGCAGCAGGAGCGCCAGACGAGGGCCCGGGGAAGGCGGCAGCAGGAGCGCCAGACGAGGGCCCGGGGAAGGCGGCAGCAGGAGCGCCAGACGAGGGCCCGGGGAAGGCGGCAGCAGGAGCGCCAGAUGAGGGCCCGGGAAAGGCGGCAGCCUGAUACCCAGAUGAGGGCCCGGGGAAGGCGGCAGCCUGAUAAUCAGAUGAGGGCCCGGGGAAGGCGGCAGCCUGAUACCCAGAUGAGGGCCCGGGGAAGGCGGCAGCCUGAUACCCAGAUGAGGGCCCGGGGAAGGCGGCAGCAGGAGCGCCAGACGAGGGCCCGGGCAAGGCGGCAGCAGGAGCGCCAGACGAGGGCCCGGGGAAGGCGGCAGCAGGAGCGCCAGACGAGGGCCCGGGCAAGGCGGCAGCAGGAGCGCCAGACGAGGGCCCGGGCAAGGCGGCAGCAGGAGCGCCAGACGAGGGCCCGGGCAAGGCGGCAGCAGGAGCGCCAGACGAGGGCCCGGGCAAGGCGGCAGCAGGAGCGCCAGACGAGGGCCCGGGCAAGGUGGCAGCAGGAGCGCCAGACGAGGGCCCGGGGAAGGCGGCAGCCUGAUACCCAGAUGAGGGCCCGGGGAAGGCGGCAGCAGGAGCGCCAGAUGAGGGCCCGGGGAAGGCGGCAGCAGGAGCGCCAGAUGAGGGCCCGGGGAAGGCGGCAGCCUGAUACCCAGAUGAGGGCCCGGGAAAGGCGGCAGCCUGAUACCCAGAUGAGGGCCCGGGGAAGGCGGCAGCCUGAUACCCAGAUGAGGGCCCGGGGAAGGCGGCAGCCUGAUACCCAGAUGAGGGCGCGGGGAAGGCGGCAGCCUGAUACCCAGAUGAGGGCCCGGGGAAGGCGGCAGCAGGAGCGCCAGACGAGGGCCCGGGGAAGGCGGCAGCAGGAGCGCCAGACGAGGGCCCGGGGAAGGCGGCAGCAGGAGCGCCAGACGAGGGCCCGGGGAAGGCGGCAGCAGGAGCGCCAGACGAGGGCCCGGGGAAGGCGGCAGCAGGAGCGCCAGACGAGGGCCCGGGCAAGGCGGCAGCAGGAGCGCCAGACGAGGGCCCGGGGAAGGCGGCAGCAGGAGCGCCAGACGAGGGCCCGGGGAAGGCGGCAGCACGAGCGCCAGACGAGGGCCCGGGCAAGGCGGCAGCAGGAGCGCCAGACGAGGGCCCGGGGAAGGCGGCAGCCUGAUAACCAGAUGAGGGCCCGGGGAAGGCGGCAGCAGGAGUGCCAGAUGAGGGCCCGGGGAAGGUGGCAGCAGGAGCGCCAGAUGAGGGCCCAGGGAAGGCGGCAGCCUGAUACCCAGAUGAGGGCCCGGGGAAGGCGGCAGCCGGAGCGCCAGAUGAGGGCCCGGGGAAGGCGGCAGCCUGAUACCCAGAUGAGGGCCCGGGAAAGGCGGCAGCCUGAUACCCAGAUGAGGGCCCGGGGAAGGCGGCAGCCUGAUACCCAGAUGAGGGCCCGGGGAAGGCGGCAGCAGGAGCGCCAGACGAGGGCCCGGGGAAGGCGGCACCAGGAGCGCCAGACGAGGGCCCGGGGAAGGCGGCAGCAGGAGCGCCAGACGAGGGCCCGGGGAAGUUGGCAGCAGGAGCGCCAGACGAGGGCCCGGGGAAGGCGGCAGCAGGAGCGCCAGACGAGGGCCCGGGCAAGGCGGCAGCAGGAGCGCCAGACGAGGGCCCGGGCAAGGCGGCAGCAGGAGCGCCAGACGAGGGCCCGGGCAAGGCGGCAGCAGGAGCGCCAGACGAGGGCCCGGGCAAGGCGGCAGCAGGAGCGCCAGACGAGGGCCCGGGCAAGGCGGCAGCCUGACCCCCAGAUGGGGGCCCGGGAAAAACAGAGGCUCUCUGCUGCCCAUCAGUAG